CGGGCUGUGGGUAGGAUGAGCAUGGCACCGGUACCGGCGGUGCUCCCGGGGGGGUCCCGGGGGGGUCCCGGGGGGGUCCCGGGGGGGGUCCCGGGGCCGGCGGUGGGUGCGGGGGUCCCGUCCCCGCGCUGUUCCCGUCCCCGCCGCCAGAGGGCGCUCCGGGACGGCGCGGACUUGCAGUGCCACUCCCGGCCGCCGGAGGGCGCGCGCUGGGAGGGGCGGGGCCUCCCGCGCACGCGCAGUGGCGCGGGCCGGCGCUGCCGCCGUGUCCCCGCUGCGCGCCGGGCGCAGUGCGCGUGCGCGGAACGGCGGCACCGGGAGCGCACCGGGACGAGCCGGGGGCACCAUGGCCCGGUGCCGGUGCCGGUGCCGGUGCCGGUGCCGAGUCGGUCCCGGGGCGCAGCCGUAGGCACGGGCACGUCGCUGGCGCUGUCGUCGCUGCUGUCGCUGCUGCUGUUCGCCGGGAUGCAGAUGUACAGCCGGCAGCUGGCCUCCACCGAGUGGCUCACCAUCCAGGGCGGGCUGCUGGGCUCGGCGCUCUUCGUCUGCUCCCUCACGGCCUUCAACAACCUGGAGAACCUCGUCUUCGGGAAGGGCUUCCAGGCCAAGAUAUUCCCCGAGAUCCUCACCUGCCUCUUGCUGGCCCUGUUCGCCUCUGGCCUCAUCCACCGGGUCUGUGUGACCACCUGCCUCAUCUUCUCCAUGGUGGGUCUCUACUACAUCAACAAGAUCUCCUCCACUCUCUACCAGUCCACAGCGCCCGUCGCUCCUCCUGCCAAGGCCGUUGGCAAGGGCAGGAAGAGGAAUUGAUGUGCUGCUGCCCCUUCCUGGGGCAGCCCCCUCCCCGUGGCCGAUCCGGGACUCCCCCCUGCCCAAUAAAGCCAUUUCUUUGUA